CUCUCUCUCCCCUCCCUGCGAUGAAUCUUGAUUCAACCCUUCCUCCUCCCCACCACCAGUCCGAAUCUCUGCCCGAUCCUCCCCUCUUGACCUUCUCGCUCCGACUCGCCUCUUUCUCACUCUCUGCGCCGAUGGUGUCCAUUUGACCAGGCAGAGGACUACCGAUCCCCUCACAACCUAUCAUUCCCCCCCACCCAAGCUCUCCCAGAUCCCAACCCCCUGCCAUUCCCUCUCCAGCAUGUCACCAGUCCAUGACUCACCCCCCUUUUGACUGUCACCAAUGGGAAAGGGCUGUCUCCCUCUGCAGCCCCCACUCCCAGAUUCCCCUCAGUCAUAUCCCCUUCCCCCGUGUCUCUGAGAUCCCCCAUCCCUCCUUAUGCUGACGUUAAUGCUUUGCCGAAUUCCUCUCGUGGUUUGAAAUGUGCUUUAUUUCCUGCAGGACCUGUUUAUCUGGGACGGUAGCCAAGUGUUGGGUGACAGUAAUUAAAGGUGUAAAGUUAACCAGGGUUGGGAAAUGAGUGUGCUGAUGGAAACCGAGGGGGGGGGUGUUGGUGCUGAGAUCCAGUUACAACGCUGAAUCACAGCGUCAGUGAAGCUUGGAGCUCAUUGAUCUGUCUCUGGGUGACUCCCUGAUUGUCAUCGCACCGUGGGAGAGAGAGAGAGACCCACACAACACACACAUCCACCAUGGAACUCUGCGGGAUCAUCCUCCUCACCCUGGCGACCAGUGUGAGGGCGCAGAUCGAGGUCAGCACAGCAACGGAGAGUCUGUAUUACGUCCACACUCCACACUCCGAGAACAUCCUGGACAUGUUCAGCAUAAACGACGUCCCCUUCCUGUUCUAUGAUUAUGGGACGGGGAUGUUUGUUAUCAAUGGCCAAGUGACGGAUGGAACCCGGGAGCUGGGCCAGGAGGAAGUGGAUUACUACCGAGAGAGAUCACGGGGCUUCCAAGCACGACUGCGGGGAACGGCCACAGAGAUGAUCCAAUUGACGAAUUCCACCGUCAUCGCCAAGAAGAAACCCGUCCUGCACAUCUACACGGAGGGGAACAGCAGCCCGGGACAGGCAGACAUCCUGUACUGUUACGCCGAGAAAUUCUACCCCUUCGAGAUUGAGGUCAGCUUCCUGAUCAACGGGAGGCCGUUUGUGGGUCAGGUCAACUCAUCGCAGUUGGUGGUGGAGUCAGACUGGACAUUUAACAUCCUGAAGUAUAUCCGAAUGGAGCGGCGCCAUGGGGACACUUACAGCUGCCGGGUGAAUCACAUCAGUCUCCCGCAGCCUCUGACUGAAUCUCUGGAUCCCCCUCCUAGACAGCUUCACACCGGGACUAUUGUCUGUGCUGUCGGUGUCAUCGUGGGAGCUGUCGGAUUUGUGAUCGGUCUCUCCCUGGUUGUGAAGAUCCGCGCUCGACAGGGUCAGACCUCCCCAAGGCAGUCCGGGAAGGAAUAACUCUGUGUCCGAGACUGGAAGGAGCCCUGAGAAAGGUCAUCUCCUCUGCACAGAAACUCUUCAGCCACGUUCUCAAACAGACCCGUUACCACAACCACAUCUCCUUCCUCAGCACCUGCCUAAGGAACCGACUGAUCCCACACGGACUCCGAACUACAUUCACUCUCCGCAUUCCUGAUGAAGGGCUCUGGCCCGAAACGUCGAUUCUCCUGUUCCUUGGAUGCUGCCUGACCUGCUGCGCUUUAACCAGCAACACAUUCUCAGCUGUGGGUUAAUAUUGAAAGUAUUCACCGAAAUGAAUCCUUUCUCCAUCUGUUUUUGCUGUAGGUCAGUCCACGUUGGGAGGGGAGACAGUGUGACUGAUUUCACCUGAAGGAAGUCUCUAGUUUGUUCUGUUUGGAUUAUCCGCCAUGAAUCAAGGAUUAGCAAUGGUGAUCGAGUCAUACAGCACGGAAACAGACCCUUCGGCCCAACUCUUCCGUGCUGACCAGAUACUCUAAAUUAAUCUUGUCCCAUUCCCCAGCCCUUGGCCCAUCUCCCCCUAAACCCUUCCUAUCCAUGUCCCCCCCCAUCCUUUUAAAUGUUGUCAUUGUACCAGCCCCCACCACUUCCUCUGGCAGCUCGUUCCACACACGCACCACCCUCUGGGGGAAAAAGUUGCCCCUCGGGUCCCUUUCCCCCCCUCUCACCUUAAACCUACACCCCUCUAGUUCUGGGCUCCACCACCCCAGGGGGAAUAGAUCUGGGCUAUUCACCCUAUCCAUGCUCCCCUCCAUGGUUUUAUAAACAUCUAUAUGGACACCCCGUCAAGCCUCUGACACUCCAGGGAAAAUAACACCAGCUUAUUCAGCCUCUCCCUGGAGCUGAGACCCUCCAAUAUGCUUGUAAUAUUUUCUGAACCAUUUCCGACAGCAGGGAGAACAGAAUUGAACAUAAUAUUACAAAUGUGCGCAACAUAAUGUCCUGGACAGCCGCAACAUGACCUCCAAACUGCCAAUCAUUGACCAAUGAUGUUUGUAGACUGUUAUUAGACUAAAUUAUGAGUCUUCACAAAGGAAUCUCUUGUAUAUCACAUAUAAAUGAUUAAUAAAUUAUAUUUAAACAUU